UUUUUUUUCAUAAUCUCGCAAUUAUAUUUUUCUUUUUAAUCAGUAUGAUGAACAAAACUACUUUGUCGCAAAAAAAUUAGCCAUAAGGGAGAUAGCGAUAAAGAGUUGACUUUGAGGAUACUGAAUAUCAGCCAAAAGAUGCUACGGGUGGAACUUUGCAAAAACCAUUGUAUCGAUUGGAUAAUCUUUCUGAUAUUUCUAUAUCGUCUGAAGAAGAAGAAAUAGAAACGUUAGCACAAGCUAUGGAAGAGCUUGAUUUAGGUGGAAUACCACUUCCAGAUAUGGUGUAGACAUCAACUAAAUACAAACCAACCCAAGUUACUCAAUUACUUUGAUGCAAAACACGAGUAUGAAGCUUCCUAAAGCUGCUAAAGAGACUGUUAUUGCAGCCUGUAACUUCUACAAAGAAUGGAAACCUAAUGAAGGAACGGUAUUACCAGGAUACAAGCUAGCAUCUGAAAUCAAGAAGAAAAGCAAUAAUAUUAAGCUUACGGAGGAACACUCUCAAUUCAUUGAAGACUACAUCCAAGAGCACCCUACUUGCAUCAAAGCGGACUGCAGAGAAUUGGACAGGGUCAUUUGGACUGAUGAUUCUACUUUUGAGGAAGAGCAUAUUCUAGGCAAACAAGAUGGGGGAUAUUCGUUGAUAGUUUGGGAAGGCAUUAUCUUCAGCAAUAAGACUCCUCUGGUGUUUAUGAAAAAAGAUAAACGCACGGCGGUGGGUUUUAUAGAGCAGAUGUAUGGACCAGCCUUAUUGAAUUUUUACAGCAGCCUGCCAAAUCCAAUCCUUAUAGAAGAUAAUGCGCCUGUCCGCACUGCAAAUUAUGCAAGAAAGCAGAGGGAAGAGCAUGGGUUUGAAAAGUUGAAACGGCUCGCACAGUCCCCUGGUUUAAAUCCUAUUGAAAAUUUCUGGUACCAAGUGAAGACAAAGAUAAAGCUCGAUGAAAUGGACCUAAGGGCCAUGAAGGGCUUGAAGGAGAUUAUGAGAAAUAUGUGGGAUUAA